GCACGGAAAGACGUGUAGCUUUAAGCUAAGCAGCGCAAACACGGACUGCUGUUCACCUGCAGAAGUAUACAGAUCAUCCAGCAAGCAAGCAAAGUUUGAUUCACGGCCAACAUGUCGCUGAAUGAAGUCACGGUAUCCUUAAGUACCCCUAUGCCAAAAGGCUAUGGGUUCUUACCUAAGGGCAUUCGAUACAAGACGCUGCACUGUCGCAAGCUUACUCACAACGCAGGCAGAACGCUCUACAUUGUUAUAAAUGCGAAGAAGCAGCAGCUCGGGUUGCGAGUACCUAACUUCAUUCUGCAUCAAGUACACAGGCAAGCAAAAGAGACUUUCUCAGCGAGACGUGCUGCAGUAGAGAAGCGCGACGCUGCUUCGAUCGACGCUGCAACUGCCGAGCUUGAGGAGCAGUUUCCCACGAUGCCAGAGGAAGAGAACAUACUGGUAUUGAAGCAUGGUUUCAGGAAGCAUUCAGGGCGCGUUGGCAGAACCGGUACAAUUCCGCUACCACGCAAGGUCCUGUUGGCCGUCAUCGCCCACGUACGGCACCGACACACAAAGUACGAUAGUCUGUUGGCACGUCACGUGGAGAGAACUGUUGCGAGAAAGGCUGUCAACAGAAAUAUUGAGAGCGUCAUGCGAAAUUGGGGCUAUGUAGAAGACUUGUCCUGGUACUUUAAGGAUGAGCAGUCAGGCUCGAGUGAGGAUAGUGAAGAGGAGUGAUAGUAGUAGCGUAGUAGGUGACCUGGCAACUACGGGCCGCACACCCUCCGACGAGCUCUCGCGUGGGACCGCUCGUAGAGUCUCGCAGAACACCUCUGCAUCACGGGUCCGGCUAUCCAUGCGAGUCGAUAUCCAAAUUGAAGAUGCAAGUUAGUGUGGUUUAAGGGUCGGCCUCCUCCAUCUGGGGCCCGAGAAACAUGUCUGCAAAACCUAUCAGAGCAGCAGCCACACUGCUAGCGUUCCCUGGAUCUUACCCAAUAAGCUUGUUCGCGAUUCGAUCGAGUCACUAGGCGCGUCAUCUUAAUCAGCAUCGG